AUGGAGAUGCGAGCAGACUGCACAUCUCCAAAGAAGCCAGCUAGCCGCUGUUUUCGGCCACUUGCCCUGGCGCCCGUCUUCGAACGAGAGUCCUUUCCGCAUGAGGCCUUGCGCUCCCAUCCAGAAUCCAAAAGACGCCGCCCCGUAAGUAAUGAGAAGACACCGCUCAGCUCAUGGCAGUACGUCGACCACCGGCAGCAGCGGGUGGAGGACAUGGAGCACGAUCUGGAGCGGGUACGAAGCCGUCUUGUCGACAUUGAGAACAGCCUCGGCUUUCUGAAGCAGGAAUGCUACCACGAAGAGAGGGAGGGCCACCGCCUGCAGCGGGAGCUCGAGGAAGAGGUGCGGCUGAUGGACUCACAAUUGGAGAGGUUUCGACGCGAUGACACCACCCUGGCAAAGCACUGGGAGGCUCAGAGGUUCCGCGCGGACCAGGCCUGGGACAGCUCUCACAGCUUUGCUCCAUCAUCUGGGCGCUAG